UAGCGUCAGCCUUUCUUCCAAUAUCUCACGGGCCCUCACAAGGAUACUCGGGUUCUUUUUCCCCACAAGUGGGGCUUUCCUUGCAUAUUUGCUUGUACCGCGCUACAAGCCUAGUUAUCCGCGGUCCCAUUUCGAGUCUUGGAGCGAUGCAUCACCACGACGUCUACGAGAACCCUUCACAGCCUGAUCCGGAAGUGUUGUCUGCCACCAGACCGCCUCAACUGAAUCCGACGAUUUGCAAAUGCCGCUGUACACGUAUGUCUGAAGGGGUGUCCCAAGAAGGUGACGGUGGGAACGAGGACGAUGCAGCCUCAACUCUAGUCGGUUCGGACAACUCUCAGCUCGGAGACGACUUCCCAGCUGGAUCGGACGAGGCAGGACAGCACGCUACCAUCGGGCUGGCCCGAUCGCAGGCUCCCACCGGCAACGGCCGUGUUGACGAGUUCCGAGCAAGAAUUGGGUUGUCAAUCGAUGUUCCCGAAAGAUUUCGUGCUGGUCAGCCUCUGAUGAACAUGGCCGAUCUUUCACUUCCUCCGUAUCAGCUGCGCUUUCCGCAGGAAUAUGAGGACACGGCGGAUAGCCUGAUAAACGAGCCGGGCAGCGAAAUCCACAGUGUCCUGACGUCAGGACCUAGAAGCGUACGUUGCGGAUCCCCGGGACCCGGUGUGGCCUAUGCAGGUGCAUGGGCUGAAGAGGCAUGGUCCGAAAGAUUCCAGCUCGACUACCAUUUCGUUGUGAGGCCUCUGCGCCUGAGCGCGGAGCACCAGUACUGUCGGGGCCUCGUCGCUUCGCACUUGGUUUUGCGGGACGAAGCCACUUUUAUGGAUCUGGGAGAGGGACUCCUCGGUGGCGGUUCAGGCAUUCCCAGUCAUUUGCAGCGGGUCUAGGAACGGAAGCAUUUGGGAAUGUUGGCGUCUGUCGUUCUCCUCUAUCUCGGGUCGGUGCUCUCACUGGGCGUUGUUACUUUGCUUUGAAUACUGUCCCGGAUAGUUGGCGUUUCCAGGGAAGGUUCGGCGGUGUUUUGACUUGACGCAGGAUGAUCGGUUUCACUGAGCGUGAUCUUGGGACU